AUGUCUCCGAGCGUGACACCGACUCUAGCGAAUCUCGGUAGCGACUCUUUGCUUCGGCAGCGGAGGCCCGUGCUCAAGUCCGAGCCUGUCGAGCCUGUCCCCGCUCAGGACAGCGAUGAUUUGAUCAAAGAGGAGGCAAGCUUCGGAAAGACACCAGCUGGCUUAGUCUUCAAAGUCCCGCAGACCACUUCUUUCGUCACUACCCUGCUGUCCACCCUGCACCGGUCAUCUCUCACCCGCUGGACCUUCCUCUCGCUCAUCGCGCAGCCUAUGCUGUUCUGGUAUCUUCGAAACUCUCCCACACUGCGGUCAACCUUUUUCCUGAUCUACUUCAUCUUCUGGCGCGGCGCGUACGACUUUGGUUUCGCCUGGGUCCUGCGGCAGCAGAGCGAGCGGCGCUGGGUUGUCCGGCUCCUCCGGGAGUGGGGAUGGCUGCAGGGUAGCGGCGAUAAUCUUGGCCAGAAGGAAAAGGAGAACCAGGAAGGCAAGGAAUGGGCCAAGUGGUGGAAGAAGGAGCUGGAGAUGAAAAUGGGCGAGGGAUACAAGUGGGAGGACGUCCCCGCCGAGUUCAACUCGUGGUUGAUGUUCCGACAGCUCGUCGAUAUCGUACUUCUCAACGACUUUGUCUCUUAUACCUGCUUCGCCUGGUCCAACCUCCACUUCCCCCCUAACUACUCGGUCGCCCUCCACAUCGCCCGGUGGAUAGGCGGAUGGACCCUCAUCUUCUUCAACCUUUGGGUGAAGAUGGACGCCCACCGCGUCGUCAAGGACUAUGCGUGGUACUGGGGAGAUGCCUUCUGGAUGUUGGUCAUGCAGAAUGACUUGGUGUUUGAUGGGGUGUAUGAGAUUGCGCCGCACCCGAUGUACAGUGUGGGGUAUGCCGGAUAUUACGGAUUGUCAAUGGUUGUCGGAAGCUACUCGGUGCUCUUCGUCUCCCUUGCUGCUCAUGCUGCCCAAUUUGCCUUCUUGCUCUGGUUCGAGAACCCUCAUAUCGAACGCACAUACGGCGGAGCCAAGAAGCCUCUGGCCUCGCGAGUCCCUCUCGACUGGGGAGAGGCGGUCGGUCGGACGGCACGCGCGCCGGCCGCUGAGACCCCCGUCGAGCAGCUCUCAUCUCCACUUGAAGAUGUCCCGACCACAUACACUGCGACUCCAGCAGUGACCGAUGGCGAAACCGAGACUGAGGGCGACCUGCCGGAGACGCCCGACCUGGACGAGCCCGUCAUCGAGCUGCGGGGUCAAAAGCCCCGGUCCGACUCGUCCUACAGCAUGAUCUCUGAUUCGCCCGGAGAGGUGCUCGACCUCCCGAAAGGACAGGCCAGGCCGCAGCGGAAGCGCGCGAGGACGCUCACCAUGCACGACCUGACGAACCGGUUCUUCCGGAAGCCGGUGAUUGUUUUCUCGCGGAUCGACGUUUUCCGAGCGACCGACUUUGCUCUAGUCGUUCUCGUCCUAUACGCCCUGACCACCCUGGUACCGCCGCUGCCACCCCGACUUGCACUGACCGCCCACUUCCUCCACGCCCUCUCUUGGCGCCUGUUCCACUCGUACGGGCUCGGUCUCCUUCUUCGGGCUCAGAGCAAGUCGAAAUGGCUCGUUCGGCACUACCUCAAGCACUACCAUUAUCAUGGCAGCUCAUCUGCAGCGGGGAACGUCGCUGGGGAAGAGACCGAGGAGAGGGAGAGUGUGGUCAAAAGGGCGACGGAGGAGGCGUUCGGGAACUGGCAGGUCGGCUAUAACAUCAGUCUUGUCAUGACAUACGUGUCCUUUGCUGGUCUUGUCUGGAAGACGUAUCAUCUGCCCUCGGAUUGGACUGUUAGCGGUACGAUCCUGCGGCAUGUGCUCGGCUCGCUCCUGAUUGCUCUACACGUCUGGGCUGCUUCAUCCACGUACGAAGCCCUUGGCGACUUCGGAUGGCUCUACUCGGACUUCUUCCUCAUUGAGCAAAUCCCCGCCCGACUGGCCUAUACCGGGAUCUACCGCUUCCUCAACAACCCCGAGCGAUCUAUGGGCGGAGCGGCCUUCUUUGGACUUUGGCUCAUCAGCUAUUCGAAGCUCGUUCUAGCGCUUGCGAUCAUCAGUCAUCUCAGUCACUGGUGGUUUCUCUCUUGCGUUGAACGACCUCACAUGAACCGCCUCUAUGGCGACCGGCUCAGGAAAGACGGCGGCCUGACCAAAACGCUCAAGUCGGUCGCUGGCAAGACGCUCGGGUCAAAGGCUGCGCGUCAUGCGCCCGAUAUCCAGAGGAUGGUCAAGGAGGUCAAGGGGAGUAUUGAGAAGGUCGAAGAGAAGGUCACUGAGGCUGUCGAGGACUUUUUGGAGCAUGCCCGACCCAUGUUCUCGGAUAUGGUAAACGACACCAAGAUCUUGUUGCAGCAGUCCCGAGAGCGCAUGAUCAUCACGCGAGUUGCCCACGACAUCUCCUCCUACGAUACCUCCCGCUACUCUCUCCACCUCGCCACCUCCUCCAGUACCCAGACCCCACGCUACCACGUCGGCCAGCCCAUCCGGCUCUCCUGGACCGCCCCGUCCAACCACUCCCGGAAAGACUGGAUCGGGAUCUAUCGUCUCGGCUCGUGCAAGUCUCAGCUUGUCACUCGCCUCUCGUCCGUCGGCAAGUGGAUGCCGAUAUACGAGGAAGAGUACGAUGGGGACACGCAGAUCAGCCCGCCGGCGACCGAGCAGACGGAGAAGAAGGAUGCGGGGACGGUUGUUUUCAAGGGGAACCAGCUGCCCUGGGCUCCGGGAAAGUACGAGGUGCGGUAUCACCAUGAUGGGAAACAUAAUGUGAUGUCCCGUGUUGCGCCGGUGGAUAUCUAUGUCAACAAACCGGAGAAUGACUCGUAUCGCGCAGUCAGGGAGACCCUCCUCGAUAUCGUUACCCUCUCGCUCGACUCAGACCCUAAGCUCGUGCCCCACUGUACCAAGCGCCGGGUAUCGACUAUCUGUCGGGAGGACACAGGAGGCACAGUUCCGGGGCCGAGACUGGGCGUCAUCGCCUCAAGCGUCAUCUCGGCCAGUCCGAUCGAGUCGAAUGGGAUCGACGCUGCCAACGGCGGGAUGAGCAACAAGGCUGCCCCUUUUAGUGACAAGGCCGGCUCGGCGUCCUCUCAAGUCCCACCUGAGGCAACCCUCGGCGUUGAACCCGACGAAGACGAGUCCCCGAGCCCAAGCUCGUCCCCCGAAGGCGACCCAGAUGACUUUAUCAUCAUGGACGAACAGCAAGCCAGGCGGAUCGUGGGGCUAUGCGAACACGCGUUUGGGGUGGAGCUGAGCGCGGACGUGGUGGUGGCGGAUGCGAAUGUGGGGGCGUUGGUGCAGAGGAUCUUGGGGGCGAGGAGCUUGGCGGGGAAAGGGGUGCGCGCGGAGUGCUGA